AGCUCUUCCGGCUGCCCUCAUGCAGCCGAAAUUAGUGGGGGCAGACCCGGGCUGUAAAGCAUGGUUUGAGGACACGCCGGAUUGAGGAGGAGAGCCAGGGGUCGGGGUCUCCAGAAGCGGGGAGGAGCCAGCGGAGGAUCUGGGCGCAGUUUCCUCUCUAAGUUCCGCCCCGAGAGCGCCGGCCCCGCCCCCGCCGUUCGCGCUCUGACCAGCCCGCAGAGCCAGCCCCCGACCCCGGGCCCCCCGGGUCCCCGGGUUCCGCUGGCAGUCUCGCCACCACCGCGUGGGUCUGACAAGAUGUACCAGGUCCCACUGCCACUGGAUCGGGAUGGGACCCUGGUACGGCUCCGCUUCACCAUGGUGGCCCUGGUCACGGUCUGCUGUCCACUUGUCGCCUUCCUCUUCUGCAUCCUCUGGUCCCUGCUCUUCCACUUCAAGGAGACAACGGCCACACACUGUGGGGCCACGCCCUGCAGGAUGUUCUCUGCGGCCUCCCAGCCUUUGGACCCCGAUGGGACCUUGUUCCGGCUUCGCUUCACAGCCAUGGUCUGGUGGGUCAUCACUUUUCCUGUGUUCGGCUUCUUCUUCUGCAUCAUCUGGUCCCUGGUGUUCCACUUUGAGUACACGGUGGCCACUGACUGUGGGGUGCCCAAUUACCUGCCCUCGGUGAGCUCAGCCAUCGGUGGGGAGGUGCCCCAGCGCUACGUGUGGCGUUUCUGCAUCGGCCUGCACUCGGCGCCUCGCUUCUUGGUGGCCUUCGCCUACUGGAACCACUACCUCAGCUGUACCUCCCCGUGUUCCUGCUAUCGCCCGCUCUGCCGCCUCAACUUCGGCCUCAAUGUCGUGGAGAACCUCGCGUUGCUAGUGCUCACUUAUGUCUCCUCCUCUGAGGACUUCACCGUCCAUGAAAAUGCUUUCAUUGUGUUCAUUGCCUCAUCCCUCGGGCACAUGCUCCUCACCUGCAUUCUCUGGCGGUUGACCAAGAAGCACACAGUAAGUCAGGAGGUACGGUCUAUCCCUAGCGGGGGCUCCAAGUCAGCCCAGAAGAAAAUCAAGGACAUCUGUCCUCAGGAUUCGGGUAAUGGUGAGGAUCGCAAGUCCUACAGCUGGAAACAGCGGCUCUUCAUCAUCAACUUCAUCUCCUUCUUCUCGGCACUGGCUGUCUACUUUCGGCACAACAUGUAUUGUGAGGCUGGAGUGUACACCAUCUUUGCCAUCCUGGAGUACACUGUUGUCUUAACCAACAUGGCGUUCCACAUGACGGCCUGGUGGGACUUCGGGAACAAGGAGCUGCUCAUAACCUCUCAGCCUGAGGAAAAGCGAUUCUGAACCCUUCAGUCCUGCUUGGGAGGAGGCAGCCCACUGCCCAGAAACAAGAAACAAGAUACCAUUCUGGCCUUCCCCACCCCACAUCCUCUCUUGGCCUUACUGAAGAUGGGGGAAGGGUAAGAAGGAAGGGUGUAGGCCAAGGCUCACCCCAGUGCUGCUGGGUUCUCCUCUCCACCCCUCAUAUGGGCGUGGGGUCCUCAAACAACAUCACCUUUACCUGAGAGGCCCCAAGAAGCUGAGCUGGCAGAGAGCUCCACCAUUUGGUGCUAAAAAAAAAGUCCUGAGGUUCAUGACCACCAUCCAGUUUCUGGCCUUUACAUAGUCACCUUUCACUGAAGUCAGAAGCCCCUGAGCAGUGACUGCUCCCUGACAACCACAGCCAUUUGUCUGCACGGGGUCAUUCAUAGGACUAAUGAAUUUCAUGAUCUACUGUGCACAUCCAGGCCUGUGGCCACAGUCCCCUGCUAAAGCUGCUCAGGUGUUCUAGUCCUGACUUCACCUUUUUGAUUUGGUGUGUGCCCUAGGGUAUGUACCCUUCCCUAUCUGAGCCUCAGUGUGUCCAUGUGUCUGAUGGGGGAUGGGUGGACUGUAUGAUUUCCAAGGGCUCUACCAGUUGGUGGUUCUGAUAUCAUCGGGUGGAGGUGGUAUUCUAUACCUAAAGGAUGACCUGCUCCAGAAACAGCACCACCACAGCAUGUAUUUUCUUCUCUUGUGAAAGUUCUGGCUUAUAGACCCCUCCCCUCCUUUGCAAAGGUAUGGGAUAGAGGGGUCAGAUGCAGAUCUCUACUGUAAAAUGGGCUCCCUGGUAUCUCCUGUCUUCCCUACUGCUCCAAACCCUAAAUUUUGGUUGUACAUUUUAUUUUAAAGGAAAAUAAAUUUUUUUUUUGGGCCAA